AUGGCGAAGCCGGAGGAGAAGCUGCGCUGCACGAAGGAGCCCUUCAUCGAGGACGUCGGCACCCGGAGGAUAAAGAGCAUCCGGUUCAGCGUGCUCUCGGGCAGCGAGAUUCGCAAGUCCGCGGAGGUGCAGGUCUGGAACAACCGGAUCUAUGGGCACGACAUGAAGCCGGUGCCCAAUGGGUUGCUCGACCCGCGAAUGGGAAUCCCGAAUAAGAGAGAGAAAUGCAGUACCUGCCAUGGUGAAUUUAGUGACUGUCCUGGUCAUUUCGGUUACUUGAAGCUUGCGCUUCCAGUUUUUAAUGUAGGCUUCUUUAACUGUAUUCUGGACGUGCUGAAGUGCAUCUGCAAGAGCUGUAGCAGAGUUCUUCUUAAGGAGAAAGACCGCAGGGAGUUUCUGAAGAAGAUGAGAAAUCCCAGGGCAGAUGCACUACAGAAAAGUGCUACAAUGAAAAAAGUGAGGGACAAAUGCAAACUAUCCUGCUGCCCCCGCUGUGAUUACAGAAAUGGUGUAGUUAAAAAAGGCAGAGCAGGCUUGAUAGUGGUUCAUGACUGUAGCAAGGUUUUGGAUGGACAUACAGAAGAACUGAAGAAUGCAUUGCAACACAAGAAAGAAAAGGUCUCCACUAAUUCAGUUCGUGUGUUAGACCCUGCAACUGUUCUCUCUCUAUUCAGAAGAAUGACUGAUGAGGAUUGUGAAUUACUAAACCUUGGUGAUAGGCCAGAAAAACUUAUUGUGACGGAGAUUGCAGUGCCACCUGUUCCUAUACGGCCGUCUGUCGUUGUUGGUAAUAGUAGAACAAGCAAUGAAGACAGCAUCACGGUUAUUUUGAAGAGCAUUAUUAAUACAAACUCCAUCCUUAAGGAGACCCUCCAUACUGGGGGUCCAUUCACCAAGUGCUUUGAUUGCUGGCAAUACCUUCAACUUCAAGUUGUUGAAUAUGUGAAUAGUGAUGCCCCCUGUCUUCCAGACUCACAACAUCGUGGCCUUGUUCAACGACUCAAAGGGAAGACUGGCCGAUUUCGUGGUAAUUUGUCUGGAAAACGUACUGAGUACACAGGAAGAACUGUCAUAUCUCCUGAUCCAAAUUUGAAAAUAACAGAGGUGGCUGUUCCUGUGUUGAUGGCUCGAGUCUUAACUUAUCCUGAAAGGGUUUCAAACUAUAACAUUGAGAAGCUGCGACAAUGUAUACGAAAUGGACCAUUCAAAUAUCCAGGGGCUAAUUUUGUUACACAACCUGAUGGCAUGAAGCAGAGCUUAAAGUAUGGUGAUAGAAGGAUUACUGCUCGGGAUUUAAAGUGUGGAUGUAUAGUUGAAAGGCAUUUAGAAGAUGGAGACGCAAGGAUAAUGCCAUGGAGAACACUCAGAUUUAAUGAGUCUGUUUGCAACCCUUAUAAUGCUGAUUUUGAUGGAGAUGAAAUGAAUUUGCAUGUCCCUCAGACAGAGGAAGCUCGCACUGAAGCGCUUAUGCUCAUGGGGGUUCAGAAUAAUUUAUGUACUCCUAAGAAUGGUGAGAUACUAGUUGCUUCCACGCAAGACUUCUUGACCUCAUCUUUCCUAGUUACAAGAAAAGAUACUUUCUACGAUCGAUCUUCCUUUACUCUUUUGUGCUCAUACCUUGGUGAUGCAAUGGAGAACAUUGAUUUACCAACACCAGCCUUGAUUAAACCUGUUGAACUUUGGACUGGUAAACAACUAUUUAGUGUGUUAGUCCGACCUAAUGCACACACAAGGGUGUUUCUGAAUCUUGCUGUUCAAGAAAAAAUUUAUUCAAAAAAAAAGGGAAAAAAAGAGGGGGGAGAGGAAACUAUGUGUGGAAGGGAAACAAUGUGUCCCAAUGAUGGUUAUGUCUACUUCCGAAACAGUGAACUGUUAUCUGGACAAGUGGGGAAGGCCACUUUAGGUAAUGGGAAUAAGGAUGGCCUUUACUCUGUUCUUUUAAGAGAUUAUAAUUCUCAUGCUGCAGCAAGCUGUAUGAAUCGCUUGGCAAAAUUUAGUGCAAGAUUUAUAGGGAACCAUGGUUUUUCCAUUGGUGUGGAUGAUGUCCAACCAGGAGAACAUCUAAAUCGGCAAAAGAAAAAGGAAAUAGACAGAGGGUACAAAAAAUGCCAUGAUCUUAUUUCUUUGUUUGCGAAAGGUGCGCUCGCAUUGCAUCCUGGUUGCAAUGCAGCUCAAACGUUGGAGCAUAACAUCACUGGCAUGUUAAAUGAAAUCAGAUCAAUUGCUGGAAACGUGUGCAUGGAUACGCUUCACUGGAGGAACAGCCCAUUGAUCAUGUCUCAGUGUGGUUCUAAAGGUUCUCCAAUCAAUAUCAGUCAGAUGGUUGCGUGUGUUGGACAGCAAUCAGUUGGAGGGCGUCGCGCCCCAGAUGGUUUUAUAAAUAGAACUCUUCCUCACUUUCCUAUAAAUUCAAAGACCCCUGCAGCUAAAGGUUUUGUUGCUAAUUCAUUCUAUACUGGUUUGACUGCUACUGAGUUUUUCUUCCACACAAUGGGUGGACGAGAAGGUCUUGUUGACACGGCGGUCAAAACAGCAGAAACUGGAUAUAUGUCCCGCAGAUUGAUGAAGGGCUUGGAAGAUCUCUCGGUUUUCUAUGAUCAGACAGUUCGAAAUGCUAGCGGUGGUAUAGUUCAAUUUUUGUAUGGAGAUGAUGGCAUGGAUCCUGCAAAGAUGGAAGGAAAAGAUGGCAUGCCCUUAAAUUUGGAUCAAUUGUUUAUGAAAGUCAUGGCCACAUGUCCUCAAAGGGGAUCAGAUACAUUAUCUCCAGAGGCUAUCAAACAGAUGUUAGAGGAUAAGCUCUUGCAGCAUGACACCUCAUCUGAUGGUGGCUGUAGCGAAGAGUUCAAGAAAAACUUAACUGAAUUUCUUGAUAAACGUAUAGAAUUAAUGAAAUACACAAGAAGGGCACUCCAUCUACAUGAGGAUCAUGUAGAAAAGAAAGAUUCUUGCGUAGAAGAAUCUGUUGCUGCUAUUAUAUUUGGUAUAUCUGCAAAACAACUUCAGGUUUUCUUGGACACUUGCUUAUCUCGUUAUCAGUCAAAGAAGAUUGAAGCAGGAGCAUCUAUUGGAGCAAUUGGAGCUCAAAGUAUUGGAGAGCCAGGGACUCAGAUGACACUGAAAACAUUUCAUUUUGCAGGAGUAGCUAGCAUGAAUGUUACUCUUGGUGUUCCUCGAAUCAAGGAAAUUAUCAAUGCUGCUAAAAAGAUAAGCACGCCUAUUAUCACCGCUCAGCUUUUGUCAAGGAAACAUGUUCUUUCUGCACGUAUUGUGAAAGGAUCUAUGGAGAAAGCAGUGCUCGGCGAGGUUGCAGCAGCCAUACAGAUUGUCCUGAAAUCAAGUCAGCCAAACUUGGUGGUCAAACUUGAUAUGCAACUUAUAGAAACUCUCCACAUGGGAAUAUCUGCUGAUUCUGUGCAGCUGUCAAUUUUGAAUCAUCCAAAGAUUAAGUUAAAAUCUGAGCAUGUCCGUGUCAUUGAUAGAGCCAAGUUGAGAAUAUAUCCAUGUGGAACUGAUAAGCGCAAACUUCAGCUUGAACUGCAUAACCUCAAAUCCAUCCUUCCAAAAGUGAUUGUGAAGGGCAUUCCAACUGUUGAAAGGGUUGUUAUUGACGAAGUUAAAGUCAACAACGAGACAGAAAGAUACCAAUUGUUGGUUGAAGGAACAAACCUCCUGGCAGUCAUGGGUACCCCAGGAGUUGAUGCUAGGAAGACGAAAAGUAAUCACAUCAUGGAAACGAACAAAACGCUGGGAAUUGAAGCUGCUAGGAGAUCUAUUAUUGAUGAAAUUCAGUACACAAUGAAAAGUCAUGGCAUGAACAUUGAUCGGAGACAUAUGAUGCUCUUAGCAGAUUUAAUGACAUACAAGGGUGAAAUUCUCGGCAUUACUAGAUACGGCAUUACAAAGAUGAAAAGCAGUGUGCUGAUGCUUGCUUCAUUUGAGAAAACCUCAGAACAUCUAUUCAAUGCCUCAUACAGUGGUCGUGAGGAUCAGAUAGAGGGAGUUAGUGAAUGCAUUAUCAUGGGCAUUCCCAUGCAGCUCGGUACCGGUAUUCUCAAAGUCAGGCAAAGGCUUGACCAUGUGCCUGAAUUCAAGUACCAGCCAGACCCGAUACUGUCGUGA